AUGGGUAUCAAGGCAGGACUAGAUCCCCGGGUUUUGUCUAGUGUCUUUGCAGCCGGCACGGCUCAGGAUAAUAUCUGUGAUCGCUUCAAUCCUUGUCCUGGUGUUGUUCCAGAUGCCCCCUCGAGCAAUGGAUACCAAGGUGGUUUCAAGGUUCAGUUGAUGAAGAAGGAUUUUGCACUUGCGGUGGAUUUGGCUGGUAGUGUGGACGCUACACUUGCCUUGGGACAACGAGGGUUAGAGACAUAUCAGGCCGCGUCUAAUGAUCCUGAAUGUUUUGACCGUGAUUCGCGGGUGAUUUUCCGUUAUAUCGGGGGUGAUGAGAACUGGGCACAGAAGUUCCAGCAAUGA